AUGGCUAACUCUCUGGGAGUCCGGUGCUAUCGUGCAGGUGAGAGCCCCCGCGUGUUUCGCAAGAAAAGACUUUGCAGCUCACUUACGGCCAUGCAGUAUCUCAUCGACACCUACGAUAAAGAGCGUAAAGUCUCUUACGAUUAUUUCCCGGAGAAGCACCAAUCAGUCCAGUGGUCCUACUUCCAAGCCUCGAGGCAAGGCCCCUAUUUCGGACUAUCAGCAUGGUUCAACGUCUUCCACGAAAAGAUCUACGGCAAAUCCCCAGAAUCGGCCAAGGUGCGCCAUGAAGCGGAAAUUAAGCGCGUUGCGGGUGUCCUGGAUACGGUUCUGAGCAAGCAAGAUUGGCUGGUCGGAGGCAAGUGCACGUAUGCAGACUUGUCUUUUGUGAUGUGGAACUUCCAAGUACCCUUUCUAAUGGCUAGUCGCACGGGUGAGCAUGCUUGGCAGCCAGAGGAAUUUCAGCAUAUCACACGGUGGUAG